CGGUGCAAUUUUCAAAAGAUUUUCUCAGCUGUCGCCUCCCGCUAUUGCCGCCGCUUGGCGAAGUCACCCGCAGCGUUGUUCUCACGCUGCAAGUGGGGUAACCCACGUGUCACCACCCCACCCUCUUGCCUAAGAUAGAAGAAGGAACGCGCGCGAGCACGCCUGCACGCUGGCACUACUGGCAGACCCAGAGUCAGUAUUACGCUCCGACUUGUCCGGCUCAGAUGCGCGCCUUUUGACUUACACGCAGCAAAGCCGCGCGGCGUUCAGCGUCGAUAGAUUUGAGACCUAUUGCUGAAACUUUGUGCCGCGUAGGGUGUCGGGGGAAAAAACCGCACGUGCGUUUUUAUUUUUGGAAAAAGGUAGAUUCGUAAGCGAAUAACGUUAAUAAAGUACGGCCAACAUGGAUGGACUUUUGUGUGGAAAGCAGAAAAGUAAAAAAGUCGCAGAGCUCCAGGAAGAGGCGAUGAAAUCAACUGGCUCAGCGCUCUCCCCAACAAGCGAGGAAAUCAACCAAGAGGGCGCCCGACUCGAAGAGAAUGAGGAGCGUAGCAUCAUCAAUCCAAAGCACAAAGACGAUCCAAAGCUGCAGGAACUGAUCAAGGUUCUCAAGGACUGGAUCAACGACGUCUUGGUCGAGGACCGCAUCAUCGUCAAAGACCUGGAGGACGACCUCUACGAUGGGCAAGUCCUGCAAAAGCUGCUCGAGGCCCUGGAGCACAGGAAGCUGAACGUGGCCGAGGUGACGCAGUGCGAGAUCACGCAGAAGCAGAAGCUGCACAUGGUGCUGCAGGCCGUCAACCAGACACUCAAGCCCCAGCAGUGGGGGGGCGGCGUCAGGUGGUCUGUCGAGCUGAUUCACUCGAAGCACGUGGUCGCUAUCCUGCACCUGCUGGUCGCGCUCGCAAUUCACUUCCGCGCCCCCAUUCACCUGCCAGACCACGUGACGGUGCAGCUCGUCGUCGUCCAGAAACGUGGAGGGAAAGUACUCGUGCAGAAAUCACAGGAGGUUAUAACGACCACCAUGGAAUCGAUGGCCGGUCACUUUGAGCGCGACGCUUUCGAUACCUUGUUCGACCACGCUCCGGACAAACUCAACGUCGUAAAAAAGUCUCUCAUCACAUUUGUGAACAAACAUCUGAGCAAGCUGAACCUGGAGGUCACGGAACUAGAGACCCAGUUUGCGGACGGCGUGUACCUGGUGCUGCUCAUGGGUCUGGUUGAAGGCUACUUUGUUCCCCUCUACAACUUCUUCCUCACCCCAGACGGCUUCGAGCAGAAGGUGCACAAUGUCUCCUUCUCCUUCGAGCUGAUGCAAGACGGCGGACUGUGCAGGCCCAAGGCUCGGCCAGAAGAUAUUGUAAACUUUGACCUGAAGUCCACACUGAGGGUUCUGUACAAUCUCUUCACCAAGUACAAGCACCUAGAAUGAAGGCAUCCGUGUAUCAGUAUAUAUCUGUGACCAGGUAAGAGACGAAGGAUGAAUAUGUAUAUCAGAUAAAUAUUUUAUAAGCGAAACCGAAAAUUGCACCCAGCACCUCCUGAAAAUAAUGCAGCCUGCUCAUUUUUUGGGAAUGUUCGUGACAACAACAACAAUCAAUUACAGCCCUUUGUCAAUCGUCAAUUCACUGCUGGAUGAUUUCCUCCCCGUGAUGUGUCGGUGGUCGUGGGCAUUGAUUGAACACACAUCACCACGCUGGUCAGACCAGAUUGGAGAAGCCGUGCAGGCCCCAGCACCGGCUAAGAUAGUAUGUGCCACUGAUGUCAGUCAUGGACAGGAAUUGAACUCAGGAAGCCGGUUUCAGUGCACACUGCGCUAACAACUGCAUGCCAUCACGCCCCCUAAUUCAGGAUUAAAUGCGCAAAAUAUUGUAUUUCUAAAAAAAUAUAAAAAUCUAUUUUUUAAUAAAGGUAGAAUAACACUGAUAAUUGCUUUUUUACCCUUUUGGCGUCAUCUGGUCCAACCCAUGUGAGACUAGGCUCUAAGGAAAGCUGUCUCGGGUGUGGACCAAUCAACUUCAAGGACAGUGCACAUUAUCAGAGUUAUGUUUUUUGUUUGCAUUAUGACUGCAGGUAUUGUGGUCUAUGCAAACAUGACUCCUUGUAAAAAAAGGUGUCAGUUUUGUUGCCAGAUAGAAGGGUAAAAAAAACAAUUAUCAUAUUUUUUACUGGCAUAUGAGGUUCAAAUGGUAGAAUAAACUAGUUUCAAAUUGUUGCAUUUCUCGAAACGGGAUGCAAACAAAUCGGAAUCAUUUGCACAUUGAACCUCUAGUCUCUGCCACGACUCGCAGGAAAGAUUCAACAACACACAGAGAGAGGUGAGCUGCUCACAAGCAGCUGGAAGACACAACUCCCAUCAUGCAUUGCAUGCAAGUCGUGUGACAACCACAUUGGACGCGAAUUGUACAAUGCGCUCAGUCUUGCCUAAACCCACCGGCUCGAUGGAGCCGGUGGCCUCUAUUAUUAUUUAGGCCAGUAACUUAAAAAUAGUUGAACAUGUGGCCAUCCCAGGCAAACCUCUGUGUGUUGGUAAAUCUGCUUGUUUCGAACAUGGGACACAUUUUACUGGCGUGAUGGAUGUUCUCACAAUCCACAGAAAGCGUUGGAUUUGAACUUGCACAUUCACUUACCGGUAACAUUAUGAUGACAGUUUUACAAAGCGUUUGUGUGGAAGAUAGUCUAUCUCGUCAUCCCAUCCACUUUAUCAUAGAAAAUUAUCCUUGAGCUUCCAUACAUGUGCAAUGCUCGGAUUUACCCGUCUGAUAAUACAUUUGGCCACAAUACUUAACCUUCUUCUUGUUCCUUCGGUAAAGUCACCCAUCUUUUCUCCCAAGCACAUCCUACCGUUACUCCCUGCCCCACCCCCCAGCUACAACCAGCCCUAGCCCAAUCACUCCCCCAACCGCUACCACUAUCCCUAUCACUACCCCAACCCCUAUCACUACCCCAACCCUAUCACCACCCAAACCCCUAUCACCACCCCAACCCCUAUCACUGCCCCAACCCCUAUCACUGCCCCAACCCCUAUCACUGCCCCAACCCCUAUCACUACCCAAACCCCUAUCACUACCCAAACCCCUAUCACUACCCCAACCCCUACCACUACCCCAACCCCUAUCACUACCCCAACUCCUAUCACUACCCCAACCCCUAUCACUACCCCAACCGCUACCACUACCCCAACCCCUAUCACUCCCCCAACUCCUAUCACUACCCCAACCCCUAUCACUACCCCAACCCCUAUCACUACCCCAACCCCUAUCACUACCCCAACCCCUAUCACUACCCCAACCCCUAUCACUACCCCAGCCCCUAUCACUACCCCAACCCCUAUCACUACCCCAACCCCUAUCACUACCCCAACCCCUAUCACUACCCCAACCCCUAUCACUACCCCAACCCCU